AUGCGGUCCAAGGUCAAGGACGUGGAUGUGUUCAUCAGCCAUUCCUGGUCAGCUGGCCGAUGGGAUAAAUACCUGGCGGUGUGCUACUUUCUGAACCUUGGUUUGGCAGCAAAGGCGAUGACGGCAUUUGUGGUGCUUUCCGAAGCCUCCAUGCUGGCUUUCGCCGAUAUGUCCAUCCAUGUGAUGUUCGUGUUCCUGCUGGACUUUCCCAUUCUGAUCUUCUUCUUGGUCUUCUUUUUCGGGCAGCACCUCACCUGUGGAGUCUGGGGUCCUAACUUCUGGUUGGACAGGCUCUGCGUGGACCAAACCGACGCGAAAACAAAGGCGGAAGGGAUCGCAGGCUUGCCCACGAUUGUGGCGAACUCUUCAGAACUGCUCGUCUUGUGGGACAAGUCAUACUACCAACGGCUCUGGUGCAACUUUGAGCUGUCGAUUUUCUUCAAAGGAAACGGUCUCAAGAAUCUGCGGCUUGUGCCAUUGUGGCUCACUCCGUGGCUGCUGACGACAAUGUUGCUCUCCUACUUUUCAGCCCGUCUCGUCGCUGUCUUCACCGAGUCUGAUCCCAGCUUCGGCAUCAAUGACACAAGCAAACUGUCGGGAGCUGCGGGCAAUGCGCUUGCUUUCGGUUUGAAGCGAUUCUGGGGGUAUGCGGUGGCAACUGAAGGUUACCUUUUCUUCUGGCUGCUGCCCAUAAUGGUGGGAAUUGUCUCCUUUCAAAAGAAGCUGGACGGCCACCGAGACAUGUUGGAAAGCAUGAAGUCCUUUGACGUGCGAAAUGCAAAGUGUGCCGUGGAGAGCGACCGUCUAGCCAUCGAGGCCCAAGUGGCCGAGCUUUUCGACGGCCUCGAGGAUCCCAUCAUCGCUGUAUCGGUCGAAGUGGAGAACUCAGAGGACGAGCAGCAGGAGCCCAUACGCCAACAUGCAGAGCCAACCAACAGUCCCCCGAAGCUUCAAGAGAGGGCUGCCUUCACGCUGUUGCUAGAGCUCAUCGACCUGUCGUUAACCUACUCAGCCCGUCUAGCCGUGCGAUCCGUGACGGGAUUUGCGAACCAUGACGAUUGCCUGGAAGAGUUCAACAAGUAUGUGCAAGGCCCAAUGCAUGAUGCAGUUGUCGAAGACCUCGGGGACGCAGCGUAUCCCUGUUUGCUCCGAUGUGUCCGGUUUCUGGACAAGAGCUUCGACUCUGGAUUUCUGCAGGCACCCGCAGCCCUCGGCAGCGGAUUGCUGAUUUUCAAUCUUGUGCAGCUCGAGAAUGCUUUCGCAUCCGCGUCCCUCGAGACCUUUGCAUUCACGCGGCAUCCAGCUUUCCUCUGCUUCUUCUUGCUCGCAGUUGUCGCCGCCAUGUUCCAGCACUUUCUGCUCUUCGGUGCAGGGUCGCGGCAAAAUUCCAACAGGGAGAUGCGGAUGUAG